AUGCGGCCGGGGGAGAUUUGCCUUGUCAGGUUACGAAUCCCCGCCAAAAAACGGGAAGGCGCCCGUGAUGAACAACUUACUUAUAAGUCGAGCAUAGAUGGCUUGACUUGCAAACUUGUUCCCCUCACCGUCAUCAAGGGCGCCGGUCAUGAGUAUAUUCCUCUGCCACAGGGCGAGAACGCUACUACAGCCGACUUUCACUCUAUCCGCACCAAGACCGAAGCCCCAGCCCACAUUACGUCGGGAUUUUAUAAGAUCGAGGCUGGGCCUCAGAGACCAGCUCACUAUUCCUUUGAGGAGUCGAAGUAUGUCCUGAGUGGUCAAAUUGACGUUUUGGAUGAGGCCACGGGAAUUACUCACCACCUGGUUCCUGGAGAUUUCGCCUUCUUCCAUGUUGGAUCUAAAGUCAAGUUCUCGACCAAGUCUCAAGGCUUUGCCUUCUACGCAGUUACUCGACCGGUUCGAGACCCCCAUCCUAACCUGCAAGGCCGGGAGGAAGGCAAGGCACGGUUGUAA